UUUAUCCUUUUUGCAUCUCCCUCUUCACUUGCCGUCGACACCAAUUCCAUUCCCAAAUGGUUCUCAUCUCUCGAAUUCAUCAACGCCAAGCUCAUCUCACAAUUGUCAUUUUCAAAUCGACUGAAAACACCUACUUCUCCAUCUGACGCCGCUGAUGUUCCUCCGGAUCCGCUGCUGGUGCUGCUCUAGAUCAUCUCUGCCUCCACCGACGGUUACUCUUUUCCCCAGAUUCUGUAACGAUCCCGAAAUUCUUCUCGCCUGCACCGUUAAUUAUUUUUAGAAAAUGGAAACCCUGAAAACAAUGCCGAUAACAACAGAAAACAGCAACAGCAAUAAGGAACAAACUCAAACUUACAAUGUAUUUGAUUUAGGAGCAUUUGUUGGUGAUUUAACUGUUGAAGAGGAUGCCAAUAGUGAUGAUGAUGUUUCACUAGAGGGACUUGAUCAAGAAUUGGAAGAAUGCAAAAAUGAUGAUGUAGUUGCAAACAUACUAUCUAAAGGUACAGCCUUGAGGGAUUAUACUAAGGGGGUUGAGAACAACUUGCGGCAAGUUGAGUUAGACUCAAUUCAGGAUUACAUAAAAGAGAGUGAUAACUUAGUGUCUCUUCACGAUCAAAUUCGCGAUUGUGACAGCAUCUUGUCACAGAUGGAAACCCUUCUCAGUGGAUUUCAGGCUGAGAUUGGUUCUAUUAGUUCGGACAUUAAAAUUCUUCAGGAGAAGUCUAUGGAUAUGGGUUUGAAGCUGAAGAAUCGCAAGGUGGCUGAAUCACAGUUGGCCAAAUUUGUUGAAGACAUCAUAGUUCCUCCAAGAAUGGUAGAUGUGAUUGUUGAUGGAGAGGUCAAUGAUGACUAUCUGAGAACUCUCGAGACUCUUAGUAAGAAGCUGAAGUUCAUUGAAGUGGAUGCUUUAGUUAAAAACUCAAAAGCUCUGAAAGACGUGAAUCCUGAGCUUGAAAAGCUUAGGCAGAAAGCUGUUUCAAAGGUUUUUGAGUUCAUUGUUCAGAAGCUACAUGCAUUAAGAAAACCCAAAACCAAUAUUCAGAUCCUUCAGCAGAGUGUUCUUUUGAAGUACAAGUAUGUGAUUUCAUUCCUCAAGGAACAUGGAAAGGAGAUAUAUACUGAGGUUCGCGCAGCAUACGUUGACACGAUGAAUAAGGUGUUUAGUGCACACUUUCGUGCGUAUAUUCAAGCUUUGGAGAAAUUACAAUUAGAUAUUGCAACUUCUAGUGAUUUGAUUGGUGUGGAUACUAGAAGCAGUGGUCUUUUUUCAAGAGUCAGAGAAUCCCUGAAGAAUCGAUCAGCCGUCUUUGCUUUGGGGGAGAGGAUUAAUAUUUUGAAGGAAAUCGAUCAGCCAGCAUUGAUUCCUCAUAUAGCUGAAGCCAGCUCCCAAAAAUAUCCGCAUGAGGUCCUCUUUCGGAGUUUGCAUAAGUUGCUAAUGGAUACCGCCACUUCUGAGUAUCUUUUCUGUCAUGAUUUCUUUGUGGAGGAAUCUAUUUUUUAUGAAAUUUUUUCAGGUCCUCUUGCUGUUGUUGAUGAGCACUUAAAUACAAUAUUGCCUAAUUGCUAUGAUGCUAUAGGCCUCAUGCUGAUGAUUCGCAUCACACACCAACACCAGCUUAUCAUGUCAAGACGCAGAAUUCCAUGCCUGGACUCGUAUUUGGACAAGGUCAAUAUUUCCCUGUGGCCGCGUUUUAAGAUGGUAUUUGACUUGCAUCUUAGUAGUCUGCGGAAUGCAAAUGUGAAGACAUUGUGGGAAGAUGAUGUUCAUCCACAUUACGUCAUGAGGCGUUAUGCUGAAUUUACAGCUUCUCUUAUUCACCUGAAUGUUGAAUAUGGAGACGGACAGCUUGAAUUGAAUUUGGAACGGCUGAGAAUGGCUGUGGAUGACUUGCUCAUCAAACUUGCCAAGACAUUCACAAAGCCAAAACUUCAGAUUGUGUUCCUAAUCAACAAUUAUGAUAUGACAAUCUCUGUUCUCAAGGAAGCUGGUCCAGAAGGUGGAAAAAUUCAAUUGCACUUUGAGGAAUUGCUGAAGAGCAAUACAUCUUUAUUUGUGGAGGAGCUGCUGUUAGAGCAUUUCAGCGACCUCAUCAAGUUUGUGAAGACCCGAGCCUCUGAGGACCCAGGUUCGAGUUCUGAGAAACCCGUAACAGUUGCGGAGGUGGAGACAAUUGUAAAAGAUUUCGGUAGCAGAUGGAAAGCUGCGAUAGAGCUGAUGCAUAAAGACGUGAUCACUUCUUUCAGCAACUUCUUAUGUGGUAUGGAAAUCUUGAGGGCUGCAUUGACGCAGCUGCUGCUCUAUUAUACGCGGCUCUCAGAUUGCAUAAAAAGGAUAGUUGGUGGGUCUGCACUGAACAAGGAUCUCGUGUCGAUUUCUUCAAUCAUGUACGAAAUCAAGAAAUAUUCCAGGACUUUCUAGGACAAAUAUGUUCUGCUGUCUCUUGAUGAGUUCAUUUCAAAGACCCAGCCGGGACUGCCCAAUCUUUGUCAUAUGUAGGACCAGAAAAAGCAUUUCUACUUUUUAAUGUUGUGUCGCUAUUGGCAUUUUUCCAGUAUUCUUUUGCCUGCAUGUGUGUCGUUUGCCAUUAGACUACGAAAUAUGCAUGGUGGGUUUUGAAUUUUUUGUGAGGCAGCUAUAAAUUUCGAGAAAGUUGCAAUUUUUAGAGAUUUUUAAGUGUAGGGUGCGAACCUAGGGAUUCUAUUAAUUUCUUUGUUGCAUGUAUCACCUGUGUUCUCAGGCAUUUGAUGUGCGUGAAACUUAUUAUUAUUGUGCUUA